GGUUGACAUAGAAACCCAGGUAGCUCUUAGGGACGCGCCCGGCUGGGUUAUUCCCCGGGUAGUCCGAACGCCGAAGGAAAGUAACCCGGUGCUCGCGCGCUGCCGGUGCGCGGGAGCAUGAGAAGCGCUGGCAGUUCCCGCCCGGGCUCUGCCUGUUCCAGGAUCAUCGACGUGACCAGCAACGCACCGUUGCUGCGCUCGCCCGCCAGCGUCUCAACCUCUUCCGAAGCGGAGCAGAGAACUCAUAAUUAUUUGCUACUGGAUGUUCCUGACACUCGAGAACAGCUAGUCCAUUAUCGGAAUGCAGCAGAAACAGCCAGCAGUGAGCUUGCCGCACUCCUAGUGAAGUACGAAUGUGCUCAAGCAGAGAUUCUAGAUCUUAAAUCCAGAAUAGCCUCACAGGAAGUAUCUAUAAAAGAAUUCAAAGCUGAAAUUGGGGGCUAUAAGGAAAAUGAUGCUCGCCAAUCUUCCCUCCUUUCUUCCAUGCAACACAAAUUCCAAGAACUUGAGAAGGGAUCAGGCAUAAUUGCCAUUUCCAAACAUCAAGCAGAGCUAAAAUCACAGGCUAUUCUCCAGGACAACUUGGAGCUGAAGGAGAAAAUCUAUGAACAAGACGAGCAGAUCAGAAAAUAUUUGAAUACAUCUGAAGAAAGCAAAUCCUAUGCAUCUAAAGUCAGCAGAGAACAAAAUGAAUUCUUUGCACAACUUUGUCAUCUUCUGGAACUGGGCAUAGGAGGAAACGAAGAGUCACCAGAACGUCUGCUCUCCAAGAUCCGUGGAAUGCGUAAAGAAAACGAUACGCUAAAAGAACAAAUAGAUACCUUCAGAGAGACCGUAACAAUUCAUGAGAUGGAACUGAAAGCCAACAGAGAAACCAUCAUGAGGCUUGUGUCAGAAGUGAACAAGGAGCAAAAAAAAGCAGCAGCUUGCUCUCAAGACAUAGAAAAGCUAAGUGAUGACCUAAGCAACAUUACAGGAGCUAAGCAGAAUCUUGAGGAGGAGAUUAGAAGCCUCCAAAACAGAUUGGCAGCCAGCCAACGGGCUUGGGAAGAACUGGGCCAACUAAAGGUCCAUUGUAAUGAAAAAGAAGCGGAAUUGAAAACUAAUCUAGAGCAAGCCAAAGAAGAAAAAAAGCUGCACAAUGAAUUCAAAGAUCAAAUAGUGACUUUACUGGGGAGUAAUCCCAUUGGGGCGACUCCAUCCAAGAAAGACAUUGUGGAAAAAAUCCGAGAUUUGUACCACAGAGAGGAGAGCAAAAAAAAAAUGGUAUCCCAGCUUGAAGCCCAAAUCAGCAAACUUACCGAGACUCUGGAGACUGAGACAAUGUUGCAUCAGGAGGCCUUGCAAAGAGCCAAAAAAUCAGAAAAUAAAUCAGAAAUGCUUCAUGAUCAGUUGAUGCGUCUAGAAGGAGAGCUGGUAUCUGGAGAUGUGAUGCGAGAUGCUUGGAAACUUGAGAAACAACAAUAUCUUAAGUUUCUGGAUCAGCUCUCUGAAAAGAUGGACCUGGACAGAAUAGCAGUGGAGGUUGGAUUUGACAUGAGGUUGGAUGCAGUGCUGGCUCGUGCAGAGCAGUUGAACAAGUUGGAACGAGACACAUUGACUGACAAUAAGAUCAUGCUCCGAAACCUGCAAAGAAAGGUAAAAGCUCAGAAAGAGCAACUUGAGAACAAAGAACUGCAUGUGAAGCUUCUGCGUCAGAAGAUCGUCCAGCUGGAAGAAGAGAAGCAAGUGCGCACAGCCCUGGCAGUAGAAAGGGAUGAGGCCAACCUCACACUCAGAAAGUUACAAAAGAAAAUAGACAGAUUGCAGAACGAACUUUCUUUGGCGAGAGAAACACACACAGAUCUGAAAGUUAAGCUUGCUGACACGAACGAACUGAAGAUCAAAGCACUGGAGCAAGACAAAACCAUAGAAGAACUAAGCAAAUCUCAAGAGAAACUGGAAAAGAUGAAGACUAAAGCUGAGAAGCAAUUAAUCUCUGUCCAGUCUGAGCUACAUGUUAGAGAACGCAAAGCAAAGGAAGAUAAAGAAAAGGCUAAACACUUGUUGGAGUCUGUGACCACAGAAGCAACAGUACUUAAAUCAACUCUUGAAGAAGUCAUGAAAAGAGAGAAACAGCUGGCAGAUUUCCGAAGAGUUAUCUCUCGCAUGCUGGGUCUCAAUAUCAAUACCGUGGCUCUUGCUGAUUACGAAAUAGUAACUCGUCUUGAGGGGUUGAUCCAUUCUCAUCAGCAUCAUUGCUCUCCUUGUGCCUGCUUCAAGUGUCAGUGAAAGAAGAUGGACUUUCAUAGCUUCUCCUUGAGUGCCUCCUUUCUUUCUGCAAAUAAUAGUUAAAACAGCAGAAGUCCAAUUGGAUGUUCCAAAAAUUAACAUUUUGUUGGAGUUAAACAUUGCCUACUGUGAGGAAAAAGAACAAUAAGAAGAACCAAUGAAGUAUCUUAAUAAAUAAUAUAUAUAUAAUUGAGUGAACAGCUUAUGGUCUCGACAUCAAAAAUAAAACAAAAUUCUUAUAAUCAUCAAACAGUAGAAUCUCACAGAGCCUGAUAUUGAGCAGUCUCUCUCUCUCUCUCUCUCUGUCCCAUAAACUAUCCUGCUUUGCGCAGUGCCAAUAUAGUAGCCAAUGAGGUUUAUCCGAGGCACGAUUAUUGCUAAUUGAAACUUUCCUAAGAGUGGAAGGGCAGAAGGAGGAAAAAUCUCCUGUGAACAGAUCUUUCCAGAUGCAACAAAUCCUCUUAGGAUACAAGCUUACAGCAAGUGUCAAUGCACUUGCUUUGUAAAACAAGAGAUAAGAUCUCUUCACAAGUAAUUGGCAAGUAAUUGACAAGUUACAAAACAGAUGUUCCUAUGUCUGCAGUUUUUCCCACCCGUAUAUAAAAUAUGCCUGUUUUGAGUCUGUGACAUGUAUAGGAAGUUUCCAAGAAUAUUAGCCCAUUUUUAAAAUAUGUUUACAAUAGUGGUUUAAAUAUUACAAAAGUUCUUUAAAAUUGCAUCCAAUUUUAACACAUCAAAGAAUUACUAAAAUCUGAAGAAGAGUAUUAGGCUAGAACAUUCCAUAUGGAAAUUAUACUACUUGGAAGAAACAUCACAUUGGCACAAAUUAGAAUGGAAUAUAAUAACAGAGUUGGAAGAGACCUUGGAGGUCUUCUAGUCCAACCCCAUCAGUUGUGGAUUGGCAAUUCUUUUACUAUCAGUUCUCAUACACACGUCCAGAUGGGUGGGCGGAGCCUCCUGACAUCGCUAUUACCAGUUCGCCCGAUCUGGGCCGAACCAGG